AUGCAGGUCUCUAAGUUCCUGCUGCAGAGGUAUGUGUCCUGUCACUUUGUUUGCUUUGGGAAGAUGCUGCGCUCUGAUGAGUUCGCGAACUGUGGCCACUGUUUCAGCUUCUUCGCCAGGGAUGUUCCACGUGCAGCUGUGCGCCGCUGCCGCGUCUGUGCGCGCCGCUCCGUCUUUGCCUUUUCAGGGGAGGAGCGCACCAUGUUUGGCUCAGUCGAGUCCGGGCUCUGCUCCGCUAAUGCGGACCUUCUCCUCCUGCACACACCGGACACCGGAGAGACACCCGCCAACACGUCCAUACCGACGGAGGCCAUCCACCCAGACUGCGCCCUGGUGGCUCAGCACAUGAAAGCUCAGGAAGAAUGCAACCAGAUCCUCAAACAGGAGGAGAACAACCACUCCACCAGGGCAGGUUGUCCGACAUUUUGGGACGACAUUGGUUGCUGGUUCCGUGCAGAGGUGGGACAGGUGGUCAGCGUCUCGUGUUCCAACGUCUCCCAGCUGUUUGUUAAUAACCAAGUUUACAUCUACAAGAACUGCACUGAGGAAGGAUGGUCCGAUGCCUACCCCUCCUACGAGAAGGCCUGUGAGUUUGCGGAGGAUGAAGAGACAGAACCCGAGACAACAUACUUCUCCAACUUCAAGCAGGUGUACACUGCUGGCUACGCUACCUCCCUCAUCUCUCUCAUAUCGGCCAUUUUUGUCUUCACUGUCUUCAGGAAGUUUCACUGCACCAGGAACUACAUCCACAUCAACCUGUUCUUCUCCUUCAUCCUGAGAGCGAGCGCCGUCUUCAUCAAAGAUGGCGUCCUUUUUUCUGAUGAAAACCUGGACCACUGCUUCAUGUCGACGACGUCUUGUAAAUCAGCCGUGGCCUUCUUCCAGUUCAGCAUCCUCGCCAACUACUUCUGGCUGCUGGUGGAGGGCAUGUACCUGCAGACGCUGCUCGCUCUCACCUUCGUCUUCCAGAAGAAAUACUUCUGGUGGUACAUACUCAUCGGCUGGGGUCUCCCUACAACAAUCAUAACAGCCUGGAUCCUCACUCGAAACUUCUACGAUAACAGGGGGUGCUGGGAUGACACAGAUGUGGCCUUCAUCUGGUGGAUCAUAAAAGCUCCAAUAACUGCAUCGCUACUGGUGAACUUCAUCAUCUUCAUCAACGUGAUCCGGAUUCUGGUCCAGAAGCUGAGGUCUCCUGGUGUCGGCGGCAACGACACCAGUCACUUCAAGAGACUGGCCAAAUCCACUUUGCUUCUCAUCCCUCUGUUUGGGAUGCACUACAUGGUGUUUGCCUUCCUGCCAGAGAACACGGGGGCAGAGGCCCGACUCUUCAUCGAGCUCGGUCUGGGAUCCUUUCAGGGAUUCGUUGUGGCCCUGCUCUACUGUUUCCUGAACGGGGAGGUGCAGGCGGAGCUAAAGAAGAGGUUUUGGAAGUGGCAGACUCAGAGCUACCUGAGCUACAGUAAACAACGGCGUCCGUUGUUCACUGAAAGCAGCACGGUCACUCAGAUCUCUGUUCUGGACAAGUCCAGCCCCAGAGGGCAGCCGGGCUCAGAGAUGCACGCCCUCACCCACACCGUCACGCCCAACAACGUCUCCGCCGUCUGA